AUGGGCGGCAAAAGGGGCGUCUGUCCAACGUCCGUGACAGCGUGCGUCAGGCCCGCGUCCUCUUCCUCUUCCUCGCUGCUCGCCCUGCACCGGACUGGCGUCUGCGGCGCGGCGCCGACGGUCCCGACGUUGACGUCCCAUGGGGCCGGGCUCUCCACCAGCGAGUGCUCGUUGCUGCAAGAAGAGCGAGUCGCGCCGUGCGGGCUGGUCGACCGGGCAGUCAUCAAGGAGCUGAUCUCCGUCGACCGCCUCAAUCAACAGCACCCCACACGCAGCAAGACGGACCACCACACGCCUCGACCACCGCUGACGCCCCUCCACCAUGACCCCGUCUGCAGGGGGGAAAAACUGUCGAUGUUCGAGGAGGCCCGCUCUCCCCCAUCCUCUUCUUAUCCCCUCCCCGUCCCAGGACAGCGUGCACGGACCACCCCCCGCAAAGUGCGACGCCGUCGCGCCCUCCCAAGCCCCACGUCGGCUGCGCCCAGCCGCAAUUGCGAAGCACAUCCGGGUCGCCCGCCGCCCGGGAGCGCGUCCGUUCGCUUCUCCGACGCCCGGGACGGCGCUCGCGUCGCCAACCUUGACCCGAAGGCGAACAACCGCAGUGUGUGUAGUGUCGUGAGCGGGUUUCCCAUCCGGCAAGACCGCGUGCACUCGUCCGGUGUCAGCCACGAGACGCGUCCGUCAUUGCCGAGUGCAGACGUGCGGCGCAGCCGAAAACUUGCAUAG